UACAGUGGUUUCUUCUCUAACACAGUGGAAUUGCAAUCUCGCUUGCUUAAGCAGUUCCUUUGCCAGACCCGCGCUCAUUGGACCGAACCGGCUACGUCAUCAACUGCCCUUUAUUUCAUACGACUCGUCUCUGUGAGAGGAAGCAGUACUGAGUGAGACCGUCACCAUGACGACAAGUAGGACUUACGACCUGGUCAUUUUCGGGGCUUCUGGCUUUACCGGGGAAUUUGUAGUGGAAGAGGUGGCUCGGAGCACAGCUGAAGGACCGAAAGGGAAUCUGAAAUGGGCCAUCGCUGGACGAAGUCGCGAGAAGCUGGAAAAAGUUUUGGAGCAGGCGGCAGAGACGCUGGGUAAACCAGAGUUAAAGACUGAGGUGGAUAUUUUGAUUGCUGAUAUCAGUGAUGCAGAGUCCCUUGCUUCCAUGAGCAGGCAGACAGCCAUUGUUCUCACAUGUGUAGGACCAUACAGAUUUUUUGGAGAACCAGUCAUCAAGGCCUGUGUGGAGAAUGGGGCACAUUGCAUCGAUAUAAGUGGUGAGCCACAGUUUCUUGAAAGUAUGCAGCUUAACUACAACAGCCUAGCAGCUGAAAAAGGGGUAUAUGUGGUUGGCAGCUGUGGUUUUGAUUCUAUUCCAGCUGAUAUGGGUGUUAUUUAUACUAAAGAACAAUUGAAAGGAACUUUGACAGCCGUUGAAAGCUUCUUGUCUGUUAACAGUGGACCUGAGGGUAGUUGUAUUCAUGACGGAACUUGGCAGUCUGCUAUUUAUGGUUUUUCUGACCAAGAUAACUUGAAAAACUUAAGAAGAAAAUUUGGAUACAAACCACUUCCAGUUGUUGGUUCAAAAAUAAAAAGAAGAGGUGCUGUGUUCUACAGUGAAGAAGUUCAAAAAUAUGCUAUUCCUUUCAUGGGAUCAGAUCCUUCUGUGGUUAAAAGGACUCAGCGCUACUUACAUGAGGAGCUUCAAGAGUCUCCAGUUCAGUAUGGAGCAUUUGCAGCUGUUGGUGGAAUCUGCUCUGUUAUCAAGCUAAUGUUUGCAGGCUUGCUGUUUUGGAUGUUUGUCAAAUUCAGCUUUGGAAGAAAUCUUUUGAUUAAGUACCCAAAAUGGUUCUCUUUCGGUUAUUUCACAAAAGAAGGCCCCACAAGAGAGCAGAUGGAAGGCUCAUCAUUUAGUAUGACAUUUUUUGGUGAAGGAUAUAGUAAAGACAAAGAUCCAGAUCAAGACAAACCCAAUAUGAAAAUUGUUACUCAAGUGAAAGGACCAGAACCAGGCUACAUUGCUACUCCAAUAGCCAUGGUUCAAGCUGCAAUAACAUUGCUGAAUGAGCCACAAUCUAUACCGAAAAAGGGUGGAGUGUAUACUCCUGGAGCAGCCUUCUACAAGACGAGCUUAAUUGAACGGCUGAACAAGCAUGGCAUUCAGUUUUCUGUCAUUACCAAGCCGGAGGUGUAACAAAAUAUACAGAGUCAGCUUCCCCUCCUUUAUUAGCAACAGUUUAUCUAAUGGUAUGAUAUAAACAACACUUAAGUAGUAAGCUUGUCCAUGUUGGUUGUGUUUUUUUUUUGUUUUUUUUUUUGUCUGUCAGUUUUGAAGCUGCCUUUGUUUGUUAUAUAAUUUGAAGUACUCCUAGUACCUGUACACCAAACUGUCUUAUAAUGGUGCAUGCUUUUGAAUUGACAAUGUAAUAAAAUUCUAUGAAAUUUAA